GCGGACCGUUGUCUCUGUGGGUUUUUAGUCGGAAGUAAUUCGUCUACGCACAAGGAAGAGAGUUGUUUACAAACAGAAGAGAAAGUUGGAUUUGGAAACUCGACAGCUGGUUACAAAAUAGGCUAGAAUUUUGACACUCUGGUGGGUUUUAGAUUAAACCGCUGAGUGAGAGUAAUCAGAGCAGGUGUGUAUAGUUGCGAGUGGAGGUCAGUCACACUGUGUGAUUUGCCACCUGGGGUCAAAGUUCAGGAAGGAUGUCAGAGGAGGGGGGCAAGUUGACGCUACGGCGCCUGGAGGGGCCAAUCCACAAGUUCAUUAAAGUAGCCCUGCCGACAGACCUAGAGAGAUUACAGAGACACCAUAACAAUAUACUGAAGUUCCAGCGUUGUGAACAAUGGGAUCGCCUUCAUCAGGAGCACAUUAAUGCAAGCCGCACUGUGCAGCAGUUGAGGGCAAAUGUUAGAGAGAUGGAGAAGCUGUGUGGGCUUGUCCGCCCAGAAGAUGGCCCCACUCUGGAGAGGCUAGUUCAGCCAAUCCGGGAUCGAGCGUCCACUGCCGCCCAGGACUUCCUGCUCAUGCAUUCUAACCCUGUUCCUCUGCCACAUGCACAAUGCCCCCCAGAGUCUUCAGGUGGUUCCCAUGGUGAUGACCUGGGUGGGGAGCCUUCUCAUGUCAGUCAAACGCAGCUCCUCCUCCCAGUCAUCCCCCACAAUGAGAGUGCUGCUGAAUCCUGGGACACUCUGGAGGAGGACCUGAAGGAGCUCAAUGGUUUGGUGACAGAGUUCUCCAUGCUGGUCCAUUCUCAGCAGGAGAAGAUUGACAGCAUCGAGGAGAACGUCAACACAGCAGCAGCUAACGUGGAGGAGGGAACCAGGAGCCUCGGAAAGGCAGCGGGCUACAAGCUGGCUCUGUUACCGGUGGCGGGGGCUGUGUUAGGAGGGGUGUUGGGGGGUCCACUGGGUCUACUGGCUGGAUUCAAGGCAGUCGGGGUGGCAGCAGCGCUAGGAGGUGGGGCUCUGGGCUUCGCUGGGGGGAACCUGGUCCAGAAGAAACGCAAAGCCCGAGUGGAGUUACAGAUGAAACAACUGACCGCCCCUGUGCCAGAACCUGAACCCCGGCUGGACAAGGACAAGUGAUUGGUCACCUCCUGACCCCUGACCUUCAGGAGCCUCUACUGGUCCACAUUGUGCAUCAGUCUGACACCACGGAACCCAACCAGUGGUUGAGGCAAGGCCUGCACACAGACACCUUCCUCCAAACUAGCUGACCACCCAGGACUGUCUGCUUGUUUGACCAGUGUAAUUGGCUCUCGUCACUGUGGUCAGAGGAACACCUGCUCACUGCCAGAAGACGGGAGAUCUGCCAAGAGACUGCGACAAGACGCCGGCCACUAGGAUCGGACACUACCCAAAGGUGGGACUUAAAAUCCGGAAGGUCUUGUUGAGGACGUGAGUGUUGAACAUUGGUAUGAAUGCUAGUUGAGUGAGAUGUGUGUACGCAGUGUCUUUUGUUUGGCUUUGUGUUGAAUACUUUAAGGACUGGUGUCGUGGACACAGAUUAACGGACACCUAUCUACCUUAGUUCAAGACUAGGUGUAAUCUUUGUUCACAAAACUGGUCCUAGGUCUAUGAAUAUGUAUUCACUAAAUUAUUUGGUGCAUUAUUGGUAGCAAACACUACAAACCCUGCCUGACUGGGUAACACAAGCCUUGCUUUUGGGUGCCUUUAUCUUACAGGAGGAAAGAUGGUCAUGACUGUCUCUUACUAUCUAAAUGGAAUCCAUUACAAUUAGUAUUUACCUGUAGAACAUUUUAUUUAUAAUGACCCAAACUUGGUAACAUUUAAAUACUUUUUGAUUAGGCAUUAGAAAAAGAUUAAAAUGAUCCAUCAGACACAUUUGAUCUGACUCACACAUCUUUUGUCAAUGGUGAGAUUAAUGUAAUUGAGAAAACAAGUGUCCAGUGUACACUGAACAAAAAUGUAAAUGCAACAUGGAACAAUUUGAAUGUUUUUGGUGAGAUACAGUUCAAAUAAGGAACCAGGAAAUUAAAAUCCAUUUCAGUCUGGCCCCAAUCUAUGGAUUUCACAUGAGCAUUUGCCCACUGAAAUCAGUAAUGACACCAAACUGCCGUCAGGUCAAGACCCUGGUGAGGACAUCAGUCAUGCAGAUGCAGAGCUGAGGCUUCUGACAGUUUGUGCAGAGACACAUUAUAAUGAGUUGUCAGGCUGGCUGGUCCCAGAUGACGCUGCAGUUGAAGCUGAAUGUGGAGGUCUUGGGCUGGCCUGGUAACACAUGGUCUGUGGUUGUGAGGCUAGUUGGACGUGCUGCCUUUGCAGCAACUUAUGGUAGAGAAAUGAACAUUCAAUUUCCUGGUGGACGUUUAGUCAGCAUGCCAAUUCCACACUCCCUCAAGAGCUGCCACGUCUGUGCCA